AUGUUCAACAAAACUCACCGUCUAGCGCUGCUGGUAUUCUUGUGUCCCUCGGCAGGGGCAGCCGGGCGGUUGAGCCCUCCUGCGCUAGAUUUGGUGGAGAAUGCGCUCUUGACAACUGCGAAGGACGACUUCGACGGCCACGCGGGGGCGUUCGAGGCCGCCGCAACUUGGAGCGGAGAGAGACUCCGUCACAGCCAAGACGAAGCGCGUGCGCCGCACUUGGCGUGUGCGCGGUACGGCAACGGACACGAGGCGUCCUCUCGGCUGAAGCAGUUCCUUUCGCCGGACGCAGUGCAGGUUGUGUCGCACUCGGAAGACCACGGAGCUUGUUUCUUUGCAUCAGCUUCCCAUGCUCAAGCGGCCGCGAUAGUGGAGGACCAAGAGCAAUUCGGGCUGGAAAACUUCUCGCCUUUUCCAUCGCCGUUGAAGCUCGCCCCGGGGCUGGUCGACCACAGCGAAAGCCACGACGAAGCGGAAGAGGAGGCAAGAACCAGCGGUCUGACCAGACUGCGUGCGAGACAUGGCGCGCGAAUGCGCAAGCCAAAUGUGGAAGGCCUGAGCGUUGAGCUCACGCCUGGCACUUUGGCCGCGCGAUCUUCGGAGGCCAAGUCUUUCAUCAACGGUAUGCUUGGAGAUCUAAUGUCAGCAUCGGUGGACCUCCACUCGACCAACUUCUGGUCUGAUCCAGGUAUGGAUGAUGCAGCGGAACACCUUUCUUCUCCUGCAGGAGCUGCACGAGCGAGAGAUUGGAAGCAAGCAGCCCGUGUUGUGCACGAGCUCAGCGAAGCAGCAGGCACCAGCCCAGGAGAUAUCUGCUCGUGGAACAGAAUUUUCGUGCACCACGCCGGAGACGAUUCGCUCCUGGUCUCAGGUGGGUGUUCGUAG